CUGGCACGCCCUUCCCUUCCAGGGCCAAGAUCACAUUUUCGCUACAACCAUCAGCACAAACAACCUAUCAUAGUCCGAGGGUCUUCUCCGAUUACAACAUCAAACUCGAUUAAGCGUCCGCCUUAAAACGCCCAGACGCUCUUAGCGCUGACCUCAGCUCUCCCUUCGCCGCCCACCCCAUCUUGUCUGACACACACCAUGGUACAGCGACCAACAUGCACUCGGAUCCGGGUUAGGUCUAUUGCCGACUGCAAUGUCAUAUUUUAUGCCGUCUCCCUCGGGAUCCUCCCGCUCGUGUCCCGCCGCCUUAGCAUUGAAGAGAGGCGCGCCAUCCAUUCUGGGUGCGUCUUCGUAUGGGAAGAGCGCGCCCCGACGUUGGACAUCGCGGGGGACGGCCUCGAGCGAUGGACAGAUUCCCGACGAUGGGGUGCCAGUCGCCUGACAAAGGACUUCUUGUACUAUCAAGAGAAACUUCCCGACGUCGGGGACGCUGCCCUCUAUGCUGCUAUGUAUCAGAACCGCCUUGUUAAGCAAACCUAUUCAGUCUUUGUUGAAACACAAGAUGGGCGAAGAAAAUGGCAUCUAGUGGCGUAUUGCUCUCCAGAGACUGGGCAUCAUCUGCACACUGUGGAUGCCAUUCCAGAACUGGCCGUACUUCGCCAUCAGGUGCCAGAAGGCAAGUUCCAGGCCGCUCGUUAUUCGAAAUCUCGCCAGCGCGCAGAGGGCGACCAGGAGGAGCACCAAACGGGUGCUGCGCUCGUGGACUCCCCCGCGCGAGGCGGACACCCUUAUCAGCGGCGCUCGCCUUAUUCUGUUUCGCCUUCUUCGGCUUCGCCGAUCCUUGCAGCGCGAGCAGCAUCGGCUCCGAAGCCUAAUCCUCCGCCGACACAGCGGAUAGCAGCACCUCGGCCGUCGUCCGAGGGCCUCAAGCUCCCCAAAGCGCCACAAUUCCCCUACCGCGAUCCCAUCUACGUGCGCGACAACUGUGUAAAGUCUGCCGAUAUCCAGCAAAUGCAGAACAUUAAACUCUUCUCGCCCGAUGCUCCAAAAGACAUGGCCCCGCUGCUCUACAUGCGGCCGACCCCAUACCGCGCUCGUCACCCCCUCGACAACGACGCACUUCGUGCUUUGGACUCUGUAUCUUAAGACUGCAUAUACCCCCUCGCCUGUAUCUCUAGUCUCUUCAGUCUAUGUUUGGCUGUUACGUUAGAUGCCAUGCCUGCCCCAGGCCUGCUCCGUUCUUGCGAGGACUUCCACGUGGGUUCUCGGAAGCAUGCGAGCACAUAUUUACUCGUCGUCUCUCAAACUUUGUUCUACAGUACUACCCCGAUCGAUCUGAAUCCGACGCUCGCUGUCUGUACGGCUUGUCUAUAUACCGCGAGCGUUGUAGUGUACACGAUGAUCUGCAAAUAUGCAACAUAUUUCGUUGGGCGCUUGUGAGCCGAGCCUUGGGGAUCUGCCGCGCUCACGGGGGCCGCCGGAAGAUUCGAGCUCUCGAGAAUGCAUGCGUCCGUGCGGCAGCUGUUGUAUUGCGGGCUCCCUUUGUGCCGACAUCUCGACGCCCGUCCUGCCACAGCGAUGAUGACCGGCAGAUAUUCCGCUGAAUUUCGGCGAAAUCCACCUUUGCCAAUAAUUGCAAUUAUAUAAUAUUCAGUCGCCGACGACUGACGAACCGUGCCGAGUUGCAGUGUCGUCGGGGAUCUAGCGGUCGCUUGAGUAUCCGAGCAACACACCAGGUGGCGUAUGUGCGAAUAUAGAAGUACUUGCAGCUGCGGUAAAUACCUUGUGGACGAUUCCGCAUGAGCUUCUGGAUUCUAGAGGAACAUGUGC